CCAUCACCAUGUCCUCCGCGGAUUCAAUCAUUGCCGUUAAAUCAGGAAAAGGCGCCACGUGUUGAGGGAAAGCUUCCCGGCCGCUGGUGAAAAGCUCCAUCCUUUUCUCUUCACGGCUUGGUUUCUCAAUCACAACCAGAAAUCUGUGGUCUUUUUUCGGAUUUGGUUUUCCCCCAAAUUUGGCAUCUUGCACUUCACUUCAGCUGCCUUCAUCUUCCACAGCAGCUGUGUUUAGAACCAGAACCGGAACCAGAUUCAGAUUCAUGUCAGCAUCAACGAAUUCAACGCCUGUAAAUGAAAAAGGUGAACAAGUAUUGCAAGAUUUUAAACUACUCGAUGCAGUCAAUGAUAGAUAUGGAGGAGUGGUUGUAGAAGUGACAGUGCCCUUGGAGUCUACCCUCUUUACUUCAAUGCUUAGAGCUUCAAUAGCACAAUGGCGACAACAGGGGAAAAGGGGUGUGUGGAUCAAAUUGCCUAUUCAGCAUUCCAAUCUUGUUGACCCUGCUGUCAAGGAAGGAUUUUGGUAUCACCAUGCUGAGCCGAAUUACUUGAUGCUUUGUUAUUGGAUUCCUGAAGGUACACAUACUCUUCCUGCAAAUGCUUCACACAGGGUGGGCAUUGGUGCAUUUGUCAUGAACGAAAAGAGAGAGGUUUUAGUGGUUCAAGAGAACACAGGACGGUUUCGGGGUACAGGUGUGUGGAAGUUCCCUACAGGAGUUGUGGAUGAGGGAGAAGAUAUAUGUGCAGCUGCAGUUCGAGAAGUCAAAGAAGAGACGGCAGUUGAUACAAAAUUUAUCGAAGUACUAGCAUUCAGACAAAGUCACAAAGCAUUUUUUGAUAAGUCGGACAUAUUCUUCCUAUGCCUGCUGGAACCACUUUCGUCUGAAAUUCAAAUGCAGGAAACUGAGAUAGAGGCAGCCAAGUGGAUGCCAUUUGAAGAAUACGCGUCACAGCCAUUUGUCCAGAAACACGAGCUCUUGAAAUACAUUGUUGACAUAUGCUUGGCAAAGAAAGAUGGAAACUAUUCUGGGUUUUCUCCGGUGCAUACUUCCUCCUCAUUCUCGGAUGAAAAUAACUAUAUGUACUUCAACACUCGUGACCUUGAAGGGCAGUGAUUCCUGGUUUAUGGCACCUAAAA